UGGUAUCUUAUGAUUGUAGAUCCCGGACAAAUUUGCUCACAGACACAAAGUAUCAGUGUGUAGUGAAUUAAUAUAAAUGUUGGAAUGCUCUGAAUAUUUUAACUAUAUUUGUCUUAUAAAUCCUUAUUGAUUGUUAUAUUUGAUUUUUUAUAAUAUUACAAACUAUAAAUGGCUACUAAACGUACGGCAACUACAGAUUUAAAUCAUGAUAAUUGGAAUGAAGAAAACGAACCUGAAGAUGCAGGAACAUUUACGAAGGCAUCUGACGAAAUUCUUCAGAAAAGAGUAAUUAAAGCUGCUAGGCGUAGGUUGAUUCCUAAAGAUGAAACAAGCAAAAAUGCAUUUGGUGGAUUUACAGGUUUCAACACCGCAACUACAAGUUCAUCUCCGUUUAAUUUCUUAGCAUCUACAAGUACUACUUUUCAAUCAUCAUCUUCAUCGGCGUCAAAUACGAGUAGCGGACUUAAUAAAAGUUCAGAAAAUGGAACAAGUAAAAUAGAAAAUGUCCAACAAGUCAAACCAUCAUUAACUGAAACGAUAACUGAAAAUGAGCAAGGAAAUGACAAAGUUCCUAAAAAAUCUUCAGAAUACUUUGCGCAAUUAAAGGGAUUAAAUGAAAGUGUUGCACAGUGGAUUAAAACACAUGUGGAUUCAAAUCCAUUUUGUAUUUUAACACCUAUAUUUAAAGAUUAUGCAAAUUACUUAAGUGAAAUAGAAUUAAAAUAUGGGAACGAAUCUAAGAAACCAAAACACGAUGAACAAACUUCAUCUGGAAUGGACAAUACCAAGGAAAAUAACAGCAAAGAUAGUAGUAAUAAAAAUGAAAAUGAUAGUACUAAUGAAGUUACAAGUAUAAAAACUUAUUCUGGAGUAUCAGAUUGGAAACCAGAAAAGUCAAUCUUUGGAAAUGUUAAUGUUAAUGCUAAAUCAUUAUUUGGUAAUACAGACCAAAAAUCAGAUACUCCAAAAUCUAUUUUCAAUAACGCAGAGCAAUUUACCAAUAUACAGAAACCAAUUUUUGGUAAUGUAGAGGCAAAGACAUCUAAUAAAAAUAUAUUUGACAAACCAAAUUCUGACAGAAACCCACAGUUGACUAAGCCAACUUCAGGUUCAGAUAUUAAAGAUGAUAAUGAAUCAAAAUCUGAUAAAAUCGGCAGCGGUCUUACAUUUGCAUCCUCUAAUAUAACUACUUUUAGUUUUGGUCAAAGUUCUACACUUACUAGCCCAUCAGCUGGUUUUAGUUUUGGAAAUACAAAACCAUUCUCAUUUGGUGCUCAAGUCGUAAAAUCACAAGAUAAUGAAGACAAAUCUGAAAAUCAAUCUAAAGAUGAUGAUGCUGAGGAACCUCCAAAACCAGACUUUAAACCAGUUACAGAAGAAGGAGCAAUCUAUGAACAAAGAUGUAAGGUGUUUAUUAAAAAAGAUGGCGCUUUUAGUGAUAGAGGAAUAGGAACAUUGUUUUUGAAACCAACACCGAACGGAAAAACACAGUUAAUAGUACGAGCAGAAAAUUCAUUGGGAAAUUUAUUGCUGAAUACUUUAUUAACUGAAAGUAUUCCUACACAACGAAUGAAUAAAAAUACCAUAAUGUUGGUGUGUUUGCCAGAUUCUCAACCUCCACCUACACCAGUUUUGUUGAGAGUGAAAACUAUUGAAGAUGCAGAUAUUUUACUAGAAACUUUAAAUAAACAUAAAAAAUAAAUUACAAAUAAAAUAUCUAGGUACUGUAUUUGACAAUGAAGGAAGCAUAAUAAAAUAACUAAGAAAAGAGUAAAUAGUAUGUUGCAACAAAUUUAAUAUCAUAGGUAAAAAUUUUUAAAUUAGAACAUAAAUGUGUUAAUUGUUGCAUCAUCUUAUACUCUUACAGUGUUAUGCUAUUACUUUUAUUAAGUUAAGAUGCCAUUAUCAAGUACUCGUAUGAUUAUGUAUAAAAGUUUUAAAAUAAGAUCAAUGUGUGUGCAACGUUCUUCAUUAGAUAAAUAUUAUAUUGUAUAUUUGAAAAUCAUCCUGUUAACACAGGAUAAUAUUUGUACUAUAUUUGAUAUUUGGUAUGACUUUAACAGUAAACUUGUUUUGUCCAGAAAGAAUAAUGAAAAGGUCUUUAAAAAUUGUAACGGCAUUUGCAAUUAAUUUUUCAAUUUGUAAAAGAGAAAUAACAAAAUUACAUUAUUAAAAAAUGGUAUAUAUCAUUAAAAAAUUAAGUAUUCCUAAAAAUACUCUAUUUUUUUUCAUUUAUCAAUCAUUGUUUAGUUUCCAUUACUUAAACUUUA